CCAAUCAAAUGGCUGAAGAAAUCGAUGAUAACGGUUUUUAUCGUGAAGAUUUUAGUGCCGAAUCUGAUUGGGAGGUAUUCAAUGCCCAGCUGUGUGAUUUAUUUCAACGAUGGGAGCUUUCCAGCUCGAGUGACUGGGGCGGUGCAUUUGAUGUGAACAGUGCCCAAUGGGCAAUUGAGGAGGAACAAUUGGAGGUAGUAGGUAAACAAAUGACCGUAAAAUACUACAAGGCAUUGCUAAAACCGAAUGCCAAAGACGCUAAUUUGCCGGCGGAUAAUGAGAGACCACCAUUCCAUGAAGAUCUAAUGCGAGUGGAGAGUACAUUGGCUCAACCGACUUUUCUGGAUGAGAAAGCCAAUGAGGUGCAUUAUUUGGCCCGCAUGUAUGGCCUGCGGCGAUUUGUGGUCAUGCAUCCGACACAAUUGCAGAAUCAUUAUCUAACAAAAACCUCCCGGUUUAGUUUCUUCCUGAGUUCCAUAUCGGUUGUGGCUGCCGAAGUGUGUUCUGCAGUUCCCAUUUUCCUGCAUAUACACGACCCAAAAUGGAAUUUCUUUUUGGGUGUGGGUAUGUCAUCGUAUAUGCGCACAAAUUUCCAUUCCGUGGCCUUGGAACAGGCACCCUCCGAAUAUUUAUAUCUAUCGGGUCUGGUGAAAAUGUUCAAAGAAAAGUUGCCCAGAAAUCAUGAUAAAUCUGCUGUGGUCUCGGUGCGUAACACCUAUGCCAUGGAUACGGUGAAGUUACGUGUACCCAUGUACGUUCCCUUUGGCAUGACCCCGCAGGUGGAUGAGGAACGUUCGGUCAUAGAUGUUUCGUAUUUCACAGCAUUGCCACAUGGCUAUUUUCCCGGUUCGAAUACCACAAUGUUUGCCACAUUUACAUGGCCUGAAUUGAUGGAUAAUAUGUUUAUAGACUCACCGCUGCAAACACAAUUUAUACCAUCGAAGGCUCCAUGUGGCACCCUAUAUCAAACGGUACAUGCCAAUUCGUAUUUAACUGCCUGUCUAAAGGAUUACUACAAUUUAAUAACUGCAAAAAAUACGCUGGAGUCAUAUGUGGGACGUAAUUUCUCCGGUGCCACAGCAAUGGCUGAGGAACGCAAUCCCUUGGAUCAAUUGGGUAAAAUCGGGGCAACACAUCAUCGACAACAGUAUGUUGAGAGCACCACUACAUCUGGAGGGCAAAAUAAAUUACCCGGACCCAUGAAGGAAUAUGAAUUGAAUCCAAUGUUGUAUUAUUUAUUUCCGAAUAUAAGACCGGAUAUGGCAUUGUUCCCCUAUGAGAGAUUGAGUAAAGAUAAGAUCGAUCCCCAUCGCAUUAAAUCGGCCGAGUCUGAUUCUUUGGUAUAUCGCCUCAGUUGCCUCUUGGCCACUGUCCACGCCCAUUUUGGUGGAAAAAGUGGUCUCGCCCAAUUGUAUGCUGCAUUUACACGAGAAUUGCGUCAACUUUGGGAAUCAUGUACUCUUAUACCGGGGUAA